AUGUCUGACGUGGAGAGCGCCGGCGCCCCUGAGGAAGUUCAGGUCGAGCCUGAGGAGGAAGACGUCAAGGACCUGAAAACCGCCAUUAAGAGGGUUCUGAAGAACGCCCUGAUCCACGACGGGCUGGCCCGCGGGCUGCACGAAGUGGCGAAAGCUUUGGACUCGAAGAGGGCUCAGGCCUGUUUUUUGGCGGAGAGCUGUUCAGAGCCGGCCUACAAGAAGCUGGUGGAGGGGCUCUGCAAGGAGCACGGGAUUCCGCUGAUCGAAGUGGCGGACAGCAAGGAACUGGGCCAGUGGGCCGGUCUUUGUCGCAUUGACAACGAGGGCGCGGCUCGCAAAGUCGUGGGGGCCUCUUGUGUUGCAGUGACGGACUUCGGCGAGCAGAGCGAGGCUCUGAUCUUCUUGCAAAACCACAUCAAGUCGCUUUCCCAGUAG